CCUGGCCGCCAUGGUGUCAGACGAAGAUGAAUUGAAUCUUCUAGUUAUUGUAGUUGAUACCAACCCAAUUUGGUGGGGAAAGCAAGCAUUAAAGGAAUCUCAGUUUACUUUAUCAAAAUGCAUAGAUGCUGUGAUGGUACUGGGAAAUUCUCAUUUAUUCAUGAAUCGUUCCAACAAACUUGCUGUGAUAGCAAGUCACAUUCAAGAAAGUCGAUUCUUAUAUCCUGGAAAGAAUGGCAGACUUGGAGACUUCUUUGGAGAGCCUGGCAACCCUUCUUCUGAAUUCAGCCCCUCAGGGAGCAAGGACGGGAAAUAUGAGUUGUUCACAGCAGCGAAUGAAGUUAUUGCUGAAGAGAUUAAAGAUCUCAUGACCAAGAGUGACAUAAAGGGUCAACAUACAGAAACACUGCUGGCAGGAUCCCUCGCCAAAGCUCUUUGCUACAUUCAUAGAAUGAACAAGGAUGUUAAAGAUAAUCAGGAAAUGAAAUCAAGGAUUUUGGUGAUUAAGGCUGCAGAAGACAGCGCGCUGCAGUAUAUGAACUUCAUGAAUGUCAUCUUUGCAGCACAGAAGCAGAAUAUUUUGAUCGAUGCCUGUGUUUUAGACUCGGAUUCAGGACUCCUCCAACAGGCUUGUGACAUCACGGGGGGACUGUACUUGAAGGUGCCUCAGAUGCCGUCCCUUCUGCAGUAUUUACUGUGGGUUUUUCUUCCUGAUCAAGAUCAAAGAUCUCAGUUAAUCCUCCCACCCCCCGUUCAUGUGGACUACCGGGCAGCUUGUUUCUGCCAUCGAAAUCUCAUUGAAAUUGGCUAUGUCUGUUCUGUGUGCUUGUCAAUAUUCUGCAAUUUCAGUCCUAUCUGUACGACGUGCGAGACAGCCUUUAAGAUUUCUCUGCCUCCUGUGCUGAAGGCCAAGAAAAAGAAACUGAAAGUGUCCGUGUGAUCAUACGAUCCCCCCAGUCUUUUAGAGCCUAUUAAUAGAAAUUGUAUGGUGGAAUUUU